AUGUUUUCAUUCACCUCUUCGAGUCAACAACCAAACUCACAACAACAAGCAUCUUCGUCAUCAUCAUCACUCAACAAACCAUCACUCUUGAAUUUACCAGACUAUCUCAAAGAUAAAAUAACCAUUCGUCAAUUUCUUCUCGAAUACUCGACAGUGAAUUAUCAUGAUGAACAAGAUCCCAUCAUUACCUUUCCAUAUAAAGAAUUAUUGAUGAAACUGCAGGCAUGCCAACACCAACAACACCAUGACACAUUUCAAAAGAUUAAAUUUCUCAUUCAAUUCGAUGAUUUAACAGUGGGUGGUUAUAAAGAUUUGAUUUUAAAAAUUCAAGAAAAUACCAUGCGAUAUAAGAAAUUAUUUGAGAUGGUGAUUGAUGAACUCAUUGCAACUACCAAUUUUACAACAACAACAAAUAAUUCUACAACAACAACUACAUCCACUCCAUUCCAUUCAACAACAACAACUACAUUCAAUUCAACUACAUUCAAUUCAACAACUACAUUCAAUUCAACUACAUUCAAUUCAACUACAUUCAAUUCAACAACAACAAAUACACCCACAUCCACUUCACCCAAUUCACCCAAUUCAACACCCCCUGAACUCUCUCGUUCCUAUGAACUCUAUUUCACACCACUCACGACACAACGUGCAUCUCCUCUUCGUCAAGUCAAAGGUAAAUGCAUUGGUAAACUAGUCAUGAUUCGAGGUAUUGUCACCAAACAAACCGAUGUCAAGGCAGAAAUGAAAGUAGCAACCUACAAGUGUGAUACUUGUUCAGGAAUGAUUUAUCAAACCAUCAAUCAAAAUUCAUUCAUUCCUCUCGAACAAUGUGUUCAAAAAGAAUGUAAAGGAAAUUUACUUCAACAAACACGUGAGAGUUGUUUUGUAAAAUUUCAACAAUUAGUCAUUCAAGAAAUGAGUGAUGAAGUACCAACUGGACAUAUUCCACGUGGAAUGAGAGUGAUUUUGAGAGGAGAAUGGACACGUUCAUGUACUCCAGGAGAUGCUGUGAAUAUUUAUGGAGUAUUAUUACCUUAUCAAUUGUCGUCGAAUUCAUCAUCAAAUUCUUCAUCAUUGAAACACCAUUCAGGUCCAGUUGCAACGACUUAUUUAGAAGCUCAUCAUAUUGUCAAACAUAAAAGAAGAUAUUUAAAUGACAUUUUGAGUGAACAAGAACAUGAAUUAUUCAUUCAAAUUGAACAAGAUGUAAGAAGAAUGGGUCAACACGUAUGGUAUGAUCAUUUAUCACGUUCCAUUGCACCUGAAAUUUAUGGACAUUUAGAUGUCAAGAAGGCAUUAUUACUUCAAUUGAUUGGAGGUGUGACACGUGAAAUGAGAGGAUUGAAAAUUAGAGGAGAUUUGAAUGUUAUUUUAAUGGGAGAUCCAGGUGUUGCCAAAUCUCAACUUCUUCGUUUCAUUUCACACAUUUCUCCUCGUGGUAUCUACACCACAGGUAAAGGUAGUAGUGGUGUUGGACUCACAGCAGCUGUUGUCAAAGAUCCACUCACCAAUGAACUCAUUCUAGAAGGUGGUGCUCUCGUUCUCGCUGACAAUGGUAUUUGUUGUAUUGAUGAAUUUGACAAGAUGGAUGAAUUUGAUCGAACUGCUCUUCAUGAAGUGAUGGAACAACAAUCAGUAUCGAUUGCUAAGGCUGGUAUUACAACCACACUCAAUGCUCGUACUUCAGUAUUGGCUGCUGCUAAUCCUGCCUAUGGUCGAUGGAAUACAAAACGAUCUGUUUCUGAGAACAUUAAUUUACCACCUGCCUUAAUGAGUCGAUUUGAUUUGAUGUUUUUAUUAUUGGAUAAACAAAAUAAUGAGAGUGAUAUGAAUUUGGCAAGACAUAUUACUCAUGUUCAUCAACUUUCAACACCAGCAGUUGGAAAUCCUUUGAAUCGUAGUAGUACUAGUAGUAGUAGUAGUAGUAGUAGUAAUAAUACCAAUAGUAAUAGUAGUAAUGGCAAUACCAAUAGUAGUACUACCAAUACCAAUAGUAAUGCCAAUAGUAGUAAUACCAAUGACACUAGUGAACUACCACUCUUUUCACCUGAAUACAUUCGAGCAGUAGUAGCCAUGUCCAAGAAACAUGAACCCAUGUUAUCUUCUCAAAUUGGAUUUGCUCCAAAUUCUCCUGCUGCUAAAAUUAAGGAAAUUUAUGUGAACAUGCGUCAAAACGAUGAACGUAAUGCAAAAGUGAGUGACAAGAUACAAAUGUAUACCACACCUCGAACUUUGUUAUCAGUGAUUCGACUUGCAGUCGCUAAGGCUAGACUUCGAUUUGCAGAUGAAGUAUCAUGUGAAGAUGUGAGUGAAGCUGAACGAUUAAUUAUUGCAUCAAGAUCUUCUCUGUUGGAUGAUAACGAUAGAAAUAAUAGAAGAGCUGAUCCAAUGUAUGCUGUCUAUGACAUUAUUAGAAAUAGACUUUCACAAAGUAGAGAUGGAAUUGUGGAUUUGAAUUCAUUGCAAUCAGAAAUGGUUGGAUUCAAGCAAGAAGAUAUUCAGAGAUGUUUGAAUUACUUUGAAGAACUUAAUAUUUGGGUAACAAAUGAUACCACUGUACAAUUAGUGACAAGUAACAACAAUUAA